AUGGAUAACUUCCCUCUUACAACUGUCAACACGACCCCAUGGAGCUCUCCCUUGCCCCCAAAUGCCACCACACCCUGGCUGGGUCGGGAUGAGGAGCUGGCCAAAGUGGAGAUCGCUGUGCUUGCCACCAUCCUGGUGCUGGCCACUGGGGGCAAUUCAAUGGUGCUCCUGGCCCUGGGCUGGCCAGGCCGCAAGCGCUCCCGGAUGCACCUGUUUGUGCUGCACCUAGCCCUCACUGAUCUGGGCGUGGCUCUCUUCCAGGUGUUGCCCCAACUGCUGUGGGACAUCACCUACCGUUUCCAGGGGUCUGACCUUCUCUGCCGGGUGGUCAAGUACCUGCAGGCCCUGAGCAUGUUUGCCUCCACCUACAUGCUGCUAGUCAUGACCUUGGACCGCUAUCUAGCUGUCUGCCACCCACUUCGGACCCUCCACCAGCCCAGCCGAUCUGCCUACCCUCUUAUCAUUGCCACCUGGCUACUUGCUGCUGCCCUUAGCCUCCCUCAGGUCUUCAUCUUCUCACUAAGGGAGGUGAGCCAAGGCACUGGGGUGCUGGACUGCUGGGCUGACUUCCGCUUUUCCUGGGGGCUUCAGGCCUACAUUACAUGGACCACACUAGCCAUCUUUGUCCUUCCCGUGGCCAUACUUAUAGCCUGUUACAGCCUCAUCUGUUAUGAGAUCUGUAAAAACCUGAAGGGCAAGACUCAGGGUUGGGGAGUAGGAGGAAGAGGAGGAGGGGCUGUCCCGAGAGGGGGUGCCUCAUUUCGGGCUCUAGCUGGGGACAGCCGGGGUCUGCCAUCUCGGGUCAGCAGCAUCAGUGCCAUCUCCCGAGCGAAGAUCCGAACUGUGAAGAUGACCUUUGUCAUUGUGUUGGCUUACAUUGCCUGCUGGGCACCUUUCUUCAGUGUCCAGAUGUGGUCAGUGUGGGAUGAGAAUGCUCCUGACGAAGACUCUACCAAUGUGGCUUUCACCAUCACCAUGCUCCUGGGCAACCUCAGCAGCUGCUGCAACCCCUGGAUCUACAUGUGCUUUAGCAGCUACCUGCUGCCUGCUCCAAUGCGCAACCUCUCCUGCUUCGGGCAGUCUCGAACCAACCUGAAGAGGGAGCUCUCCAAUGGUAGCCUCUCCAGCCGGCGAGUGGGCCACCCUCCUCACCUCAGCCUCGUUGGGAGCGCCCAGCCAGAGGAGAACCUGAAGGAUUCCUUUGCUCCCAACCAAGAUACCAUUACUGAGACCAGAGCCCUCUAG